GCUUGUGUCUGUGUGUGUGUGUGUGUGUGUGUGUGUGUGUGCCUAUUUGCCGGCAUCAUUGUUGUUGCAGGCGCCCAUUGUGGUGACAGUCGUGCUCGUCCUACUAGACGACCCGGUCGUGGCAUUCAGAAUACUUGACAUUUGCGCCGCCAAAUUGUGCGAUUUCUUCAGGCUGUGGCUGUGACAUUGCCAUGAACGUGGCGCACUUUGCCGCUGCUGUCUCUGCAGGCCGUCCCUUUCCCCCCCUCAAGUAGACAAACUCUAUCUGCUCCGCCGCCGAUUGACUGGCAAACAAAUUUUGCAAUUCAAUUUCCAUUGUACAUGUACCAAAAGAGUGUGUGUGUGUGUGUGUGUGUGUGUGUGUGUGUGUGCGCGCGUCGUUUGCUGUCAAUUCAAAGUAUUUGGCAUAAAAAUUGAAAAUUGCAUGCAAAUUAAAUAAAUAGACAGACGCCACAGCAAAUGCUCCACAGUUGCACAAGGACAAUAACAACAGCGGCAACAACACGACAAGUAGAUGAAAUAACUCUCAGCCAGUGAAAAUGACAGUUUGAAGUUCUGGUCGCAAUCAAAGCAAAUGUCAUUAGCACACGACACAGCCAGCGUCAACGUCGCUGUUCUCGAUUGAUAGCACCACCAACACCGCCAACACCACCAGCACCACCAACAGCAACAUCAGCAAAUGCAACAACAAACAGCAGCAGCAGCAGCAGCAGCAGUGAAUUGGUGGCAACUGAGGACAUUUGCAUAACUUGCUGCAAGUUGAACUAACGCUGGCUCCCACAGUCAGAUGUCAACAGCACUUGGGAAUGAUGCAGAUGCAGUGAAAUCAAAGCCCCUUGCGCAAUUUGCACAAACAACGCAUGCGGCAAAUAGCAAUAGAAAUAGAAAUUCAAAUGCAAAUAGAAUUUGUGGCGUUCGCUACAAAAAAUACCCAUAAAAUAACAAAAGCAGCAACAACGGCAACAACGGCAACAACGGCAACAGUGAAUCGAGCAACAGCUGCUGCAAAUAACAAACGUCAGCUGCAGAGCGCAAAAACAAGCCGCAACAACAACAACAACGACGACGAUAACAACAACAGCAGGAGGGACAACAACAACAAUAACAAAAUGAAGAGCCAUUUAGGCCUGCUCUUUGUCAUUUUGAUAAUGGCCGCCAAAUGCGCCAAUGGAAAUCCACAGAAUCAGCAUCAUGAGUUAAACUCACAGCUGGAUCCCGAUCCGGAGUUUAUUGGCUUCAUCAACAAUGUCACGUAUCCGGCUGGUCGUGAGGCCGUUCUGGCCUGCUCCGUGCGCAAUCUGGGCAAGAAUAAAGUCGGCUGGCUGCGUGCCUCCGAUCAGACGGUCCUGGCCCUGCAAGGACGCGUCGUAACUCACAAUGCGCGGAUCAGUGUCAUGCAUCAGGAUAUGCACACCUGGAAAUUGAAGAUCAGUAAGCUGAGGGAGUCCGACCGUGGCUGCUACAUGUGCCAAAUCAACACGAGUCCUAUGAAGAAGCAGGUGGGCUGCAUCGAUGUGCAAGUGCCACCGGACAUUAGCAACGAGGAGUCCUCGGCCGAUCUGGCCGUGCAGGAGGGCGAGGACGCAACGCUCACAUGCAAGGCCACGGGCAAUCCGCAGCCGCGAGUCAUCUGGCGGCGUGAGGACGGCGAAAUGAUACUAAUACGUAAGCCGGGCAGCCGGGAGCUAAUGAAAGUGGAAACCUACAAUGGCUCCUCGCUGAGGUUGAUUCGCCUGGAGCGCCGUCAGAUGGGCGCUUACCUCUGCAUCGCCUCCAACGAUGUGCCGCCGGCGGUUAGCAAGCGCGUCUCCCUAAGCGUACAGUUUGCGCCCAUGGUGCGUGCCCCCAGCCAGCUGCUGGGCACGCCGCUCGGCUCCGAUGUGCAGCUCGAGUGCCAGGUGGAGGCAUCCCCGUCGCCCGUCUCCUACUGGCUGAAGGGCGCGCGCACUUCGAACGGGUUCGCCAGCAUCUCGACGUCCAGCCUGGAGUCCGGCUCGCCCGGGCCCGAAAUGCUCUUGGAUGGGCCCAAAUAUGGCAUCACGGAGAAGCGCGAUGGCUAUCGCGGCGUCAUGCUGCUGGUGGUGCGUUCCUUCUCUGCCUCCGAUGUGGGCACCUAUCACUGCGUCAGCACAAACUCGCUGGGCCGUGCCGAGGGCACGUUACGGCUAUACGAAAUCAAGCUACAUCCGGGCGCCUCGGCCAGCAACGAUGAGAGCCUCAAUUUCAUUGGCGGUCUGGACGACGAGGCUCGCAAUGUGGCCGCCGUCUUCAAGCAGACGGCGUGGCUGAUGCUGCCCCUGCCGCUGCCCCUGCUGCUGCUGCUGCUAUGCGCUUGGAGCGCGUGAUAUCAAAAUUGAGCGAGAGCCGGCAAUCAAGUAUUCCUACAGGUGUUACCCAGCCCUUGAGCCGAUAUCUCCCAUCCCUCCGCAAAGUGUUUCGCUUACGCUCCCGCUCAAGCCCCGCGACCCCGACAAUUCCUUAUCAGUGUCUGUGUUGUUUGUUGUUUUUGUUAGGGCUUUCAAUUUGUUCCCUUUGUUUUGGUUCAUUUUUACAAUUUCUUUUUAACAUUUUUAUAUACAUACAUAUAUAUAUAUACAUACAUAUAUGCAACGUACUGCUAAACAUAUUACAAAAGCGCUGUGGGCCCCAAGCUCCCCCACCUCGCGAAUAUCAUUUAAAUACGUAUCACGAGAAUUGUUGUUCAAAGUCCUUUCCCCUCAUAAAUAACCGAAACGAAGAAGAAAAACCAAAAAAAAAGAGAUGGCAAAUGGAAAAUAAUGCCAAAAAAAAAUAAAGUAAACAAAUAUGUCGCAUUGCAUAUGAAGACACAUGAAUACUAUAAAAUAGUGCAUAAAUGUAA